CUUUUGAGACGGAGGAUGCUGAGCAGAAAGCCUAGCAAAAUACAAGUGGUGGUGGAAGACAAAGACGAACUCGAGGAAGCUCGCAAACGCGCCGCCGCAAGCUCAGCCACCGGCGCCGGAGUCAACUCUCUUCUCCGUCACUUUGACAGAUCAUCCAACGACUCUUCCUCCAAUUUUUCUCGCAUCGGUCUUUCUUCGUCAAAUUAAUAAUUAUAAUCUACCAGAACUAAAUUCCAGUUUCUUUCACUGAUGGAGGUCGAAGUGAAGAUCAAGCUACCAGAUUCGACUGCUCACCAGAAUCUUCAAGCUCUCCUGACUCCAUUUCAGUCGGCAGUCCACAGUCAGCACAACAUCUUCUUUGAUGGCGCCAAUUCUGAGCUCUCUGCCAAGCGUGCUGUUCUCCGGCUUCGCUUCUACGGUGGCGAUGCCAAGUGUGUAGUCUCUCUCAAAGCCAAAGCUGUAUUAGUCGAUGGUGUGAGCCGAGUUGAGGAGGAUGAGGAGGAAAUUGAUCCAUUGGUUGGGCAGGAAUGUGUGCGUGACCCAACUCGUCUCAGAUCUGUGGAAUCAAGGGUGGUGAAGAGGGCUGUAGAUGAGUUUGGGGUGAGUGAGAAAGGAUUUGUGUGUUUGGGUGGGUUUAAGAAUGUCCGAGGGGUUUAUGAGUGGAAAGGAUUGGUGUUAGAAUUGGACGAGACAAUGUAUGAUUUUGGAACCUGCUAUGAGAUUGAAUGUGAAAGCACAGAACCGGAGAAGGCUAAGAAAUUAAUCGAGGAGUUUCUGAUGGAGAAUGGGAUCAGUUAUUCAUACUCUGAAGCUUCAAAAUUUGCUAUUUUCCGAUCUGGGAAAUUGCCGUAGUUUCUUGAUGAAUGGCUCAUAAAGACAAAUGGUGGGGUGUGAGACAACCUUUGCUGUAUCGAAGAUGGUAGAUCUGGGUGACUUCAGCAGUACAUCUUGUAUCAGCUUCAAAGUUUAUCUUCUAUAAAUUGCAAUUUACAAUAAACAUGGAUGGGUACUUUAUCUAGAUUGUUGGCAUCA